AUGGCGUACAAACGAGUGCGUAGUACCAUAUUUUGUAAAAUUACGAAUUUCAUAUUAACUAAAAUCAAAAAACAGCGAAAAAUAACUUUAAUGCAGUUGAAACGAAUGUUGUGCUUGAAGUUCGGUAAUAAUUUCUUUUGCAAACAGAAUCAUAUGUACAUACUAUUGAAUGUCAUGGAAUAUUUGUUGUACACAAAGAAACUGUCCAUAAGUAAUGGUCCUAAAGAACAAAAUUGUAUGGAAACAGAAGCUACAGUUAAUAACAGUGAAAAAAUAUACAAUCUUGUUACAAACGAAUUGUUGUCAAAAUUCAAAGAUGCCUUUUUUUCAAAUUCAUCGAAUAUUUUGGCUCAAAAUACGUGCACUGUAUAUAACCCACUUCAAAUUGCAUUAUCUAGAAAUAGAAUUCAAGACCAAAUAAUUUCUAAUCAUUAUUUUUCUACGAGAAUAAAAAUUUGCGGCAAUCCGAUAGGAGAUCAAAGAUAUUCCGGCCGAUGUUGGAUUUUUGCCUGUUUGAACGUAAUACGAGUUCCAUUUAUGAAACAUUAUAAUUUUACACAUUUUGAAUUCAGCCAAGCUCACAUGUUUUUCUGGGAUAAGAUUGAGCGAUGCAACCAUUUUUUGAACGCUAUAGUAUCAACAGCAAAAAAUGGUGAGUUUUUAGACUCCAGAGUAGUUAUGCAUCUACUAAAAAACCCGAUUGAAGACGGUGGCUAUUGGAAUAUGGCAGUCAAUAUUAUCAAAAAGUAUGGUCUCAUGCCAAAACUUAGUUUUCCAGAAAGUUAUAGUAGCGAAAAUAGUGAAGAGCUUAAUUGCAUUUUGAAUACUCCGAGAAUUCGCCAUUGUUUUACAUGA